AUGCAGAGAUACGGCACUGCACAUGUGCCAGCACAUCAUCAAGAGUGCCUUCUUGCCACGACCCCUGAGCCGUUCAACCUGUACCCACUGUCCACACGGCCUGGGUGUGAAGACUCUGUGUGAGGAUUCGAGGGCAGGGAUUCUGGAGAUCAUGACGCUAGCCAAAAAACAUCAUCCAAGAAACGGAGUCAGACGAACCCCUGUGUCUAUCAAGACCACAGAGAUGACUUCACGUGGCGCGGUUGAGUCGUCCAAAGACAAAAAAAGGGGGUCCUUUCCGAGCACAAGUAUCUCAAGUACUCGGUACUCUUGUGCCAGAAAUCCCCCGUGCGGCGAAUUUCUACCUUCUGCAAUAACAUUUUUCAAACUAGAAGGACAAAGUUCGACGUGUUUCUCCAGCGGCAAGCCAUGUGGACGUGACACGCGUGCACUACAGGGCUGGCUGGAGGAAUAA